CAGAGCUCAGGUUCUGCUGGGCAGGAGACGCGGUUCGGUUCCAGGUCCGGUUCAGGUAACAACAUUUUCACAGCAGAACCCGGCCCAGAGUUUUCUCUCUGAAUAUUCAGUUUAAGGCUGAGACGACUGAAGGAUGGACACAGAGGACAAUCAGUCUGAGGUCGUCUCUCCUGUGAGACGAAGGCCGAGAGUUCAGCAGCAAGACUCAGUGGAAAGCUCCCUGUCGGUGGAGGAACCGGUUCCCAUCCCUCCCCGUCUGGCCCACUGGAUCAAGCUGCGGGCCAAGGAGCUGAAGAUCCGGCAGAAGGACCGGUCCUGGGCCGCCGAGGUGGUCAACGACUUCAGGGAGAACCUGCUGAGGUUCCUGAAGAACAGCAGCGACCAGCCGCUGUUCCAGUCGGCCGACUUCCUCACCACAGGGAGCUACUUUGAGAAGGUCAAGAUCGACAUCCCUGAUGAGUUCGACAUGAUGCUGAAGCUUCCGGUUCCCUCUCGCUUCAACACCACCAAGCUGGACGCCGGCCUGUUCUACCGGAUCGACCUGACCCGGCCCACACGAACCCCCAUCAAGGACUUCCUGCUGGACGACAGACUCACCCUGUCCUCCAGUAAAGUCCUGACCGAGAUGUUCCGGCUCGUCCGAAAGUUCCUGAAGACGUACAGAGUCCCGGAUCAUCGCUGCCGGUGGGAGUUGAACAGGAAGAAACCCAACUCUCCCGCCGUCACUCUGUCUCUGUGCCGGAGAGACAGCGGCGGGGAGGAGCUGAUUUCUGUGGACGUCGUUCCGGCUCUGGAGGUCCAGAGCUGGCCCCCUGCGGUGCGAAACGGCCCAGAUGUGGACAAGUGGCUGGGAACGAAGCUCCGGCAGGAAAUCARGAGYUUWCCKWKUUACUUUGUUCCAAAAAGACAGAAAGGACGGAAACUGAGUGAAGACGCCAAAGAAAGCUGGAGGAUUUCUUUCUCCCACAUUGAGAAGAAAAUCAUCACGUCUCACGGCAACAAGAAGACCUGCUGUGAGAGCAGAGGCACCAAAUGCUGCCGCAAGCAGUGCCUCAUGCUGCUGAAGUCUCUCAUUGAGGGUCUGAAGCGGCGCUACCCCAAAGAGCUGGAGGACCUGUGUUCGUACCACGGCAAGACGGCCUUCCUGCACACUCUGUCCACCAGGCAUGAUGAUUCCUCCUGGGCUCCUCAGCAGCUUCCCGCCUGCUUCCUGCAGCUGGUGGCUGCGCUACAGGACCACGCCCGCAGAGGCUCGCUCCCUCACUUCUUCGUUCCUGAGAGCAACCUCUUYGCGACAUCCGUGUUUCCUCGCAGAGCUCAGGAGUUCCUAGUCAAAGUCCUGGAGGAGCAGAUGAAGGAAGGUCUGCCGCUGCUGAGGCCUCCGCCUCUUCUUCCUUCUCUGAAACCCGUCACCGUCGGAACCGAAAUGAACCCAGAAGAACUUCCUGAAAMAUCCCACCCACUGACUUCGUCUGAUUGGCUGAAGCUCAUCCUGGUGUUUGUUGUASCUGUGGUGUUUGGCUUUAAGUUCCUCUGUUUUUAACUAGGCCACUGGUGUCCAAAGUCAGUCAUCAAGGGUYGCUAUCCUGGUUCAACACACCUGAAUCUAAUGACGGUUCAUCAGCUGAACUGUAUGACGCUCUGAGGUUCAGCAUUUCAAUCAGCUGUACUGAAGCAGAAAAAACAUGUAAAACUAGCUGCAUCUCCAUUAAUCAUAAAAUUGAGCAAAUUGGAAUUACAAAAAUGAAUUUGUUGAAUGGAAACACGUCAAUUCCAAAAAACUGAAAUGGGUUUUUGGUUCAGGUGGUUCCUCACCUCAACUAAGCAUUUAAAUUUGUAUAUUUCGCAAAACUAGUCGAAAUGCUUUUUUUUUUCUGACCACACGAAUCACGUGAUCAACAACAGGAUGUUACUACUGGCAGAAACGACGAAGACAACAGGAAGUAGUGGGGAUGACCUUUUAAUAAAUUCUUGUGUGAAUAAACUUAUUCACAUGUGACUUUAAAUGUGUUUCCUAUUUAGUGGAAACACCACAAAUGCAAAAUGUAAACUAAGUUUUAAGCACAUUUUUAAUGGAAACGCAGCUAGUGGCAGCAACCCUUGAGGACUGGAGCUGGUCACCCUUGAACUAGGCCAAAACAUGGAUGAAAUAAUAGAAAUUAGGCAGAAGUACAGAAAAAAAAAUUUUUUUUUCACAAUGUUCAUUUCAAUUUCUUAAAUUUCUGUGUGUUUUAGUCACUAAUCAGAUAUAAUAUGAGAGGUGAAUAAGACGAAUCAUCUUGUGAAAAGGUUUUCCUCAAAGUUGAUGUUACAGGAAAAUCGGGACAAGCCUGAGGAUUGGAUGAGUUGCUGACUAGUCAGGCUGCCAUUACUGGUCAUAAUAUUAUGCCAGUAAUGGCCAGUAAUGGUCAUAAUGGCAUAAUAUUAUGACCAGUGUGGUUUUCAUUUCUUUGAAAGGAAGCAGGAAGAAGGAAUGGCUUAGCCAGCGCUAGCUCCAAGUUUACAUACAAUUUCUUAGUCAAAAUGGUAAUCCUGUAUAUGGAUACRCAUACAUGCAUUUAUAAACAUGCACAUAUCCAUGUGUGCAGAAACCAUGACGCCAAUUAAUGAAUGAAUCCACUAUCAGUAAGUUAUUCUAUGAUUUUCUUCAAUAUUUACAACCAACAUAAAUUUGCUUUUGGAUAAUUUCAUCAUUUAAGUUGAUAAAUUUAUUUCUGACAACCUCCUAAAGCUGCUUUCAAUCGUGGUCAGAACAAAGAGUGGUUGCAUCAUCUGCAAAAAUUUUAAUCAGAAGGUUUGUGGCUAAUAUGCAUGAUAAAGUUUGUGUCAGAAAAUAUUUAAAAUAUUUUAAAUAUGUUUAUUUUUGAUUCAGAAUAACAUGUUAUUAAAUGAAGCUUCCUUGGGAAACAAGGAUAAGURUCCUUUUAUAAAAAUGAAAUCUUUUUCAGAUUGCAGCAAAAUUCUUCU